CAUCUGGUUUUCAACCAACAAUUUUUAAAAAAGUAUCAAAAACUGCAAUAAAUCUUUGGAAAAAUCAAGGUGGUGGAAGAUUAAGUGCUGAUAUUUUACUUACUCAAUUUGGUAUUAAUACUCCUACAAAUUGGUGGACAUCAAUAGAAUUAAAGAAAGGAGAAGAUCAUAUUAGAAAGCUUGCACUUCAAAUGCAUGCAAUUAUUCCUCAUAAUGCAACAUGUGAGCGUGUAUUUUCAAUCUUAGAAUGGUAUCUUAGCAAACGGCAACGACUUCAAGCAAUGAUACAAAUGCAUUCAUAUCUUGUAAUAAAUGCAAAAUCAGAAUUAAAGUUUUUAAAUGAAAAUAUUUCUUUAGAAACUCUUGAUGAAACUUUUGCAUUAGCAAUAGCAAAUGAAAGUGAUUUAUUUGAAAAUAAUGAAGAAUUUGAAACAAAUUUUACUUUUGAAUAUGAUGAAAUUGAAGAUAUAGAAUAA